CUCUACUGAGUGUAUACAGACAACGACACAGAGAAGACAGAAGAACAGCAAAAAGAUCAGGAAACAUGAAAUCGCUUGACAUUCCUCUAGUCGGCCUUCUCUUACUCUUCAGCGUUCAGCUCACGGGCGCAUUCCCGCUGCAAAACACUGAGGACAUGGAUGUCUUAAAGCUUCUUCUACAGCGACUGGAAGAGUCCAUUCCUGCUUCUUCUCAAGACCAGAUACUGUCGAAAGUAGAAGAAGAGGCGGCAAAUCUUGAAGAAACCUUCGAUGAACCUCAUCCCAAGACUGACAUGAGAGACUAUCUGUCUGCUCGGGACUUGAGGACAGUCCGACAGGACUCCAAGCGACACUCCGGGUGUUUCGGGAGCAAACUGGACAGAAUCGGUUCCAUGUCGUCCCUGGGAUGUAAUACUGUCAGGCGGUCAGGUCCUAAGAAGUCUUAAUGAUCAGAAACUUCUACACUGUAAACAUUGAAACUGUGCAAUUGUUAUUUUACUUGAUCUGACCUUACAAUUACUUUUGUUGGUGUAACCUAAUGUAUUCAGGUUGAUUCAGUCAUAUUAAAUAAUGAUGUUGACUUGAAAAAAAAAAAAAAAAACUACUUAAAUUUAGAUGUUACUAUUUGAAGCACAUUUUUAGGUUACCUGACAAAAUAUUUUUACAGUGUUAUUAUCUGCGACAGACUCCAACAAUUGUUCUUAACUAUAUUUAUUUAGAUAUUUAUUAACUUAUUUAAAUAGUGGAGUUAUAUAUUUAUAUGCAUCUUUAAUUUAAUUGUCAGUCAAAUCAGUUGUACAUGCCCUCUUUAAUAUACAAUAAAUGUUUACACAUGC